GAAUUGCGCCAAAAGCUUGGAGAGCGCGGCUCGAUCGACGACAGCCAGCCACGGCGAGUAGCACGAGCCAACGAGUCGCGCGCGUCGUUCUCGGGGAGUAAGGAGGCAGAGCCACGGGCGCCGCGAAGCGGCCAAACUCACGACGUCCCGCGCGAGCCAACGGGAGCCGACCAUAUUAUACAUGGGAUGAAGGGGAUCGCCCGUGGUACAGCAGCGGCGCUUCGUUGACCUUCGUGGCGCGUCCGAGCCGUGCUCGAAGCCCUAGGAGACUCGGGCCGAGCGGAAGGAAGGAAGAGAGAGAAAGAGAGAGUGACGUUGAAAAGCCGAGGCCGAACCCGAGCGCCAAGUGUUCCGUGGUGCGAAGAAGUCCGAGAGAAGCGAAGGAGACCGAGCGAGAUAUAGCGCGAGAGGGAGACGAGGGAGAGAGAAAGUGAAGGAAGGCUGCGGUGGGAGAGAGGAAGAAGCGGUGCCAGCAAAAGAAGGACUAAUCAUGGCUAAGGACAACGGCGACGGGAGCAAUAGUAACAACCUGUCGACCCCGUCAUCCUCGACGGGGACCGGAGCCAAAAGGAUGGCCUUCAGGUCGAAGCCCUACGACGCCAAUAACUCACUUGUCAGAAAAGUUGCGACAAAGAUGACAGAUCUAAUACCACAUCCUUCAUGGAUCAGCAAAUGGUUUAACAGUUCUCAAGACGAAACAACAUUACAAGAUACAGAGGCAGAAAGUACACAAUAUAAGGGUUAUGAUGAAGAACAUUUGCAUCCACCUCCGGUGAAACGACCAUGUAUACGCAUAGAUGUUACACACCCACCUGGUACAUUUAAUAUUAAGCCUAGAAGUCGGAAUUUAGAUAAUAUAGUAGCAGAACAGCCGAAAGAAAACUACACAAACUAUAAUGAGACCGCCCAAGAUUUUUUAGAACCUACAACAGCUAGUCCGAGAUUACAACGCUUUGUAUCGUCCACCCCAGCAUUUUCAGCUGAUACAAAUAAAUUACCAGAUACACGAUCAGCACUAAAUAUGUUAAUGUCAGAACAGAAUAGUAAUAAUGGUGCAGCUAAUGGAAUGGAUGACAAUUCUGAAUCAAGUGAAAGUACAAGUGGUUGUAGUUCUUUAAUUCCACAAAACAAUAGACAAGAAGCACCAACAAAUGCAAAUUAUAGUUCACCUUAUGGAAAUAAAAGAAGAUACAUCGAUGAGAAGCUAAAUUUCACAAAUCAUUUACAAUCUCCGCGAUCACUUUUUUUGGAUAAUACUACCAGAGAAACAUUAAGUAGUAGACGACCAAGCUUUAAUGCUUUAAUGAUGAAUAAUUCCCUAGAAAGAUCAUCAUCUUUAUCGUCACCCUUCUACCCUGGUAAUACAAUGUUUGGAGGAGCGAAUGCAGCAAAUUUGUACAGAAGAAGUAGUAGUGUCCUAUCUGAACCUCCACAGUAUAACCUGAAGAUACCGAAACGCACAAGUGUAGAAGUAAACCCUUCCAACAGUUCAUCAACAAAUGAUCUGUCAGGUAUGAGCCACACGGCCCGACGUAUCCUCGAGGCACUCGAGCAGUUCUCCUCACCACUGUCGGAUGCCAAAAAAAUGCCCAUUAGGAAUAUUAUGGGCGGCAGUAGUCAAAUCUCGUCCCCGACGUUGAGCCACAAAAGAUUGCGAGAGAAUGAAACUCCAUCGCCAAAAGUGGGAUUGAGGCACUUGACGCGUGAAUUAACCGUCCCCACGGUACCGGAUCUUUUACGGAUACGUAGACGACAAAAGCUCCAGAACACAACCGUCAAUGCCAGGAAAAUUAUGACCUCGAGAACUGCACCAACACCAGCACCUAUUCCCCAGGACUAUCAUAUAAGAACCGAAGCUGACGUUGAGCCAAAGCGUAAUACGCAAUUAAAGGCCAAGAAGAAGAUGAAUCUAGAGAAGCAAGAGACCGUUGAAUCGGUCAACUUGCCUACCAUGCCCUUACCAAUUUCCAGUCUCCCUCGCUUUGACAUAUCCCUGCCCCAAUGCACAAAACCGACGAAGCCGGCCAGUCCAAAUAAGCAGCAGCAGCAGCAGUCGUCCGUGUUUGACAAGGACAACUACAAAUUCGCCAGUCCGAUCAGGCUAGCCGAUAGUGCCAAGAAUCUUGAGUCCAUUAACAAUUUCACGUUCAGCAAGCCCAUCACACCGAGCAAAAUGAUACCCACCUUGACAAUGAACGAAUCUUACGACCUCUCCAAGACCCUCAGUGUCGACUCCAACGAUACGCUGAGCUGUUCGUCCUCGUUCACGAAUUUCAUAUGGGCCGGACCUUCCCAGACGCUCAAAAUGAAAGAAAAGGAAAAGGAUAAGGAAAAGGUGGUGGAGUCGGGAGGCCCUAAUGUGGCGAGCGAAUUGAAGACCGGCAGCUGCAUGGACUUCUUCGCGAAGAAACCGUCGACGUCGAGUGACUCUUUGAACACUUGGGAGUGUAACGAGUGCUUAAUUAAGAAUAACGCAUCCGACAAGUACUGCAUGGCUUGUAAGAGCUCCAAGCCCAUCAACUCCUCCAACAAUGCUGAGAUUGCGGAAGGUGGCUCUAGUAAACACGACUCGAAAGGCAGUUCGACAUCUCGAGAUAACGAAUCGGAGAAAUUCAACGCUAAACCCGCGAAUCAGGCAUCCCUUGACAAAAUCUUCGGAAACUCGCCCUUCUCAUCCGCUAGCACCACAACCACGUUCAAUGCAACGAGUACGAUCUUCUCCGCAGCGAACACAGCAUACCAAGCGAGUAAGACGAGCGGCAACGCUACGUCAACUGCGACCGCGACGACGACGGCGGUGGCAACAGUUACAUCAGCGAUUGCCACGACGACGACGACGUCUCCUGUCGCGCCAAUUAUGCCCAAGCUCGUAAAGAGCUCCUGGGAAUGCCCCUGCUGUAUGGUUCGAAACCUCGAGAACGUGGCCACGUGCCCAUGCUGCAACACCGCUAAGCCCGGUAGCGUGAACGUAAGCCCGAAGCGGGCGUCCGAGGCCGUGGAGCUACCGACUACCGUAGCGACCGGAUUCGGCGACAAGUUCAAGAAGCCCGAGGGCUCCUGGUCGUGCGACACAUGCAUGAUUCAGAACAAAACCGAGACCGAGAAAUGCGUGGCUUGCGAGACACCACGUGCAGGAGCCGCGACCAAGCCAUCCGGCUUUGGCGACAUGUUCAAGAAGCCCACGGGCUCCUGGACGUGCGGCAGUUGCAUGCUACAGAACAAGCCAACGGCCGAUAAGUGCGCGGCCUGCGAGAGCGCGAAACCUGGUACCGAAACGCCCUGCAAAUCCAAUCUUCAGUUUAAAGUCGACAUGCCCGCGAACGCCUCCAGCUUUACCUUUGGCAUUGAUAAGGCCGCCGCCGCCGCCGCCGCCGCCGCUACUACCACUCUAAACACCACCAGCACUACCGUCACCACCACCGCAGUCAAAACGAAUGGCUUCAUCUUUCAGGGCAGCUCUUCCGCCCCCCAGACCGCCAUCGCCGAAAGUAAGAACUUCAGCUUCGGCAUACCUAGCGCCGCCAAAACCGAAGCGGCAAACGUGCCCAAGGCUACCAACUUUAGCCCUAAGGUCAGCGAGACCGUAGCUGCGACAGCCACCUUUCAGUUCGGCUCGAAGCCUGCCGAGUCCAAGAGGGUAGAGGAAACUCAGCAAACUCCAGUAGCGAGUAACUUUACAUUCGGAAUACCUUCGAAAAGCUCGGUACCCAGUGGGCAAUUCGUGUUCGGUGCGCCUUCGGAGAAUAAAGCCAAGGAAAAUAAGAACGAGGCCAAACCCUCGGCUCCCACUGGCUUCCUUUUCGCGCCAUCAGCGAGCCUCAGUAAAGAUACAACGAGCACCUGCGACGAGUCGAAUAAAACGUGUGAGAGUCACGCACCAAGCGCCUUCCUCUUUAACAAACCGACGACGACAGUCGCGAUCCCGGCCAAGGAGGAGCCGCCCAAACUCGAAGAGAAGCCACAGCCAUCACUGACCGAGCAACCAACGGUCACCUUCGCCAACCCCGUCAAUCAGCAGCAGCAGCAGCAAGUGCAACAGCAACCUCAAUCACUUUCAAGUUUCUCGUUCGGCACGACGAGUGCGUCAACGACAGACGCUGCUGCUCCUCCUGCCUCCUCGACCCUCUUUUCGUUCAGUGACCAGUCGAAGCCCACCACCAGUGCACCAUUGCCAACAUUUGGCUCACCCACCGCACCCAAGCCCGCUUUCAGUUUCGGCAAAGCCGCGGAAACAACGAACAACCCAAAUACCACAUUACAACAACAACCGACCAACAAGCCGAGCACUAUGGCGGCGUUCGUCGGUCCAUCGCCAUCGCAAAGCUUCCCCGCCCAAGCGAAUUCAACAAUCUCGUCGUUAUUCGGCAGCAUAAAUGCAACAUCUCCGACGGCGACGAGUAACUUGGGCGCAACUACCACUAAGCCCCUGAUGUUCGGCGCCUCGGAAAACAAGGUCACCCCGCCCUUUGGCGAAACCGAGUCGAAACUUCCGGCCUUCGCAGCGCCCAGCACGAGCUUCGGAUCGCCGUCGAACGUGUUUGGAAGCGCUACGGCCACACCGAGCUUCGGGGCAAACGCGACAACGAACAUCUUCACAACGAAAUCGUCGGAAACACCAGCCGUAAAUCCAAACUUGUUCAGCUUUGGGCAGUCGUCGCAGACUCAAUCGCAGUCGCAACCUCAGUCGCAGUCGCAGGGGAGCAGCUUCAACUUCUCGGCGGGCUCGAGCUCCAACAGUGGCAGCACCUCCGACCAGAAGAAUAUCUUCUCGUUCGGUGCGUCGUCGGGCAGUGGCCAAGCGGGUAAUGGCUUCAGGAGCUCCGGCAACUUUAGCGCCACAACACCGAGCUUCAGCUUCAGCGCGACGCCCAAGCCCGAAGCGGCGUCCGCGAGCCCAGGCUUCGGCCAGACGACGAGCGCCCCGAUAUUCAACGCGGUCCCAACCGCCCAGAGUUCCACGUACCCCGCCCCGGCCAACCCGGCCCUCAAUUCCGCCACGCCCUUCAGCUUCGGCGCCACCAACUUCAACUUCGGCGCUUGCGAAUCGUUAUCAAAACAUGGAAUUAUCAGUAAGGCUUUUAUUACUGAGACUAUCGUACUGACAAAAUUAUUGUGCGUGUGUUUACAGUCUCCAGCACCAGUUUCUAGUGGCUUCAACUUCAAUGCACCCAGCAAUUCAAGUACUCCUGUUGCUUUCGAUCCCAAUGUCCAACCAACGUUUAAUUUCACUGCUGGCAGUGCACCUACGGUAUUCACUGCACCGCCCGCAAGAAAAAUCAAAAAGGCAGUCAGAAGAAUGCCCAGGCAGUAGGUCAAAUUCACAAUAAGUUUUAGGCGAAUGGCAUUAUUCACAUAAAAGUGAUAAUUAUCAGCGAAUAGAAACGUGUCAGUGCAGUGAAAUUAGAAUCAAAUAUUACGCUCUUCU